AUGUAUAUCUUCAACGGAAAGCUCAAUUGGUUCAGAUACGCAGUCAAUGAGACCAUUACCAUUGUCUUUCCAGCUGGCUUCGCCCUGAACGAUCCGGUCUGUGCCUUUUUUCAAUGGACUCAGGACGAUGCGGGGAAGAAGAAUGUGAACACGAUCCAGCAAGGAGUAAUCAGCAUGGUCAUCGCGAAACCUGAUUAUUUUCAAGUCAGCUUCCAAGCUUCCGGCUACUAUGGCUUUGAUAUCAUCGUUCCUGGUCAUUUGAACACCAUCACGGCGACGAUGUGGAAUCCAGCGAACGAGCGCUCCAAUCCUAUGACGUGUACCCGACAGUACGGCGACUUGGCGCGAGUUCCCUCUACAGCCGUAUUCACAGGAAAGCUCAACUGGUUCAACUAUGCGAGAAAUGAGAUGGUCUCUCUCGUCGUCCCAAAUGGUGUAUCCAAUGGUGCCCCUGUUGGGCUGUACAGCCAGUGGUCGGUUGAUGGAGCGGGAGUCCCAAAGGCAAAUCACGCCGUUAACAGCACCUUCCGCAAUGUCACAGCUUCCGCCAAUGGCGAAGCCAAAGGGACAUUUGAUGACGGGUAUUACACAUAUGAGGCCACUGUGCUGAGCGGUUCUCAGGGUGCCAAGAUACGUAUGUCCAACCCGAGCCUCGAGGAAUCCACAAGCGACCUGAAUCAGACCGAUUUCAGAGGGCUGGGUAAAAAGAAGGCAAGAGACACCCACCAAAUAUACUCUCUGUAA